AUGGCGAGCGAAGAGACUCGUCGAUUGAAUCACCAGGUCCGGACCAAAUAUGAGAAAAUCGACAAGAUCGGAGAGGGUACAUUUGCAUCAGUGUUUCUCGCUCGCAAUGUAGAGACUGGCUCAAAAGUAGCCAUCAAGAAACUGAAGAUUGCCGCCGCAGGCACACGGGAUGGCAUUGACAUCACAGCCAUGCGUGAAUUCAAAUUCUUAAAAGAACUACGGCAUCCGAACAUUGUGGCUUUGCUCGAUGUAUUUUCGUCUGGCGCUUCGGCUCCGGCCAUCAACCUUGUACUUGAAUACUUAAAUACAGACUUGGAGGCUAUCAUAAAAGAUCGCUCGCUUCUUUUUCGCGCUCAUGACAUCAAAAGCUGGAUGAACAUGCUGUGUCGCGGUAUCGAAUACUGCCACAGGAAUUGGUGCUUACAUCGUGACUUGAAACCCAGCAACUUGCUUAUUUCACCAAGAGGCGUACUUAAAAUCGCAGACUUUGGCCUAGCGCGCGAGUGCGGAGACCCAGGCGCUCGGAUGACGUCGCAAGUCGUAACUCGCUGGUACAGAGCACCAGAGCUUUUGCUUGGCAGUCGCGCCUACUCCGCCGGUGUCGACAUGUGGGCGGUAGGAUGCAUCUUCGCCGAACUUAUGCUCCGAACACCAUAUCUACCAGGUGAUUCAGAUGCAUCUCAACUUACGACGAUAUUUCGUGCAUUGGGUACACCUUCGCAGGCAGAUUGGCCGCAUCACCAGUCACUACCCAAUUAUGCACCUUUUGAACAAUUCCCGAAGCAGAACUUGGCUUUGCUAUUUACUGCUGCUUCACCAGAAUCCUUGGAUUUUCUUGCGCAAUGCCUACGGUACGAUCCUCUGCGUCGUCUGCGAUCGACCGAUGCUCUACAACAUGCCUACUUCCGCACAGGUCCAUUGCCUACGCCGCCUGACCAACUUCCGAGACCAGCAUCAUCUAUGCCUGACUUGUCUGAGAAAGGAUCCCCCACGACCACGGGGGAUGGAGGUGCUGUACUGCCCCCACAAACGAGCACGAGCGGUCCACAGAACGCGCAAGGCCCUAAAAAACGUGUGCUGGACAAUGAAGAAAUCGCCAAGCGACGGCGCCUCGCGCAUCUUGUCGCAUUCACGUAA